AUGAAGACAGAGGAGGCGCCAUCCUGCCUGCAGCAGGCCACUCCGGUGCUGGGCUUCGGGUCGGACUCCAAAAUGCGGGAGGUUUGUGCCGGCUGCGACACGCCCAUCUCUGACCGGUUCCUCCUGCGAGUCAAUGAGCGCUCUUGGCACGAAGGCUGCGUGAAGUGUGCCGCCUGCCUGCAGCCACUGUCGGGCACCUGCUACUGUCGCAACCGGCAGCUAUACUGCAAGCACGACUAUGAGAAGCUCUUCCAGACCAAGUGCAGCAGCUGCCUGAAGGCAAUUGCCCCGUCUGAAUUCAUCAUGCGGGUGCUGGAGAACGUCUACCAUGUUCACUGCUUCUUCUGUUGCGAAUGCGAGCGACGUCUGCAGCGUGGGGAUGAGUUUGUGCUCAAGGAGGGGCAGCUACUGUGCCGCAGCGACUAUGAGAAGGAGAAGGAGAUGCUGAGUGCCAUCAGCCCUGCGCCCACUGAGUCUGUGAAAAGUGAGGAUGAGGAUGGCAGCCACUCCCACGGCAGAGGCAGCGAGGAAGGCAAGGACCACAAGCGCUCCAAGCGCCCACGCACCAUCCUCACCACUCAGCAGCGACGGGCUUUCAAGGCCUCCUUUGAGGUUUCUUCCAAACCCUGCAGAAAGGUGAGAGAGACCCUCGCAGCUGAAACAGGCCUGACGGUCCGGGUGGUGCAGGUCUGGUUCCAGAAUCAAAGAGCCAAGAUGAAGAAGAUCGCUCGCAGGCAGCAGCAGCAGCAGCAACAGCAGGAGCAGGAGCAGCUGGGCAACCCGCGUUUAGGGACCGGCCGUGGGACAGGCUGCAGCAGCAGACAGAGCAAUGAUGAUAGUGAAGAUGGAGCAAGUGUUCAUGGACUAGAUGGGCUCAUGGUCCCAUAUCCCAGGAUUCCCCAGCAGCAGCUGCUGCCGCUGGAUCAGAACAGUUACAGCACAGACUUGUACAGACAAGGACUCACGCCGCCCCAGCUACCGGGAGACCAUCUGCAUCCCUACGACUCUGAAGGCGUUUUCCAUGACAUGGACAGCGACAGCAUCAGCCACUUGGGAGACUGCCUGCUGUCAACAGCUGAAGCCAACCUCCUCCAAGCCCGAGUGGGUAACCCCAUUGACCGACUCUACUCUAUGCAGAGCUCCUACUUCACCUCCUGACCGUGGAAAGGGUCCUGGCCCUUUUGUGAGUGUCUUGGACAGAUGUUCUGAAUUC